CAUCUCAUUAAUGAGCCACAGCAAAGCACGGAUCAGGAGGUUUACACAUCCCAGCUGUAUUUGCUGUCAGCUGAUCAAAACUGCAACAGGUAUCACUGGAGAAAGAGGGAUACCACAUUAUUUAAGGAUGCUGUUUCUGUGAAGUAAAUAGACACUUUAAAAGCCCAGGACCUAUAUAGUGAGGAGGACUGAACUUUCACUGGGAGGCAGAGCUACACAGAGAAGCGUUGAGAGGGGCCGGUUCAGCCAUGGAGGUCGCAGAUCAGUCCCGGUGGAUGGCGCAUCAUCACGCCGUGCUGAACGGCCAGCACCCGGACUCCCACCACCACAGCCUGGGCCACAACUACAUGGAGCCCAUGGCGUCUCUGCUGCCCCAGGACGAAGUGGACAUGUUUCUGAACCACUUGGACUCUCAGGGGAACCCUUACUACUCCAACUCCCGGGCAAGGGUCACGUACAGCCAAGCACACGCUCGUUUAACUGGGAAUCAGGUUUGCCGGCCACACCUCAUCCACAGCCCGGGUAUUCCUUGGUUGGACCCCGGGAAAAGUGCGCUGUCGGCGGCGCACCACCAUAACGCAUGGGCGGUCAGCCACUUCAGCAAACCCGGCCUGCACCCCGCCGGCCCCGGCUACCCCUGCAGCAGCAGCUCCGGCACGACCCCGGCCUCGCACCCCAGCCCGCACCUCUACAGCUUCCCCCCCACCCCUCCCAAAGACGCGUCCCCGGACCCGGGCCCCACUUCCCCCACGGCCCCCAACCCGGCCAGGAUGGACGAGAAGGAGUCAGUCAAGUACCAAGUCUCACUCACGGACGGUAUGAAAAUGGAGAGCUGCAGUCCGCUGCGCAGCAGCAGCCUGACCUCCAUGAACAUCCAGGCCCCGACCACGCACCACCACCCCAUGCUCCCCACGUACCCGGCCUACCCGCUGCCCGCUCCCCACGACUACAGCGGCGGCCUCUUCCACCCGGGCAGCCUCCUCGGCGCGGCCUCCUCCAGCUUUACCUCCAAAUGCAAAAGCAAAGCCAGGUCGAGUUCAGAGGGUCGUGAAUGUGUAAACUGCGGUGCCACGUCCACUCCUCUGUGGCGGCGGGAUGGUACCGGGCACUACCUGUGCAAUGCCUGUGGGCUGUACCACAAGAUGAACGGCCAGAACCGACCACUCAUCAAGCCCAAACGGAGACUGUCCGCUGCUCGACGUGCAGGCACCUGUUGUGCAAACUGCCAGACGACCACCACCACCCUGUGGAGACGCAACGGGAAUGGGGAUCCGGUGUGCAACGCCUGCGGCCUUUACUUUAAACUGCACAAUGUGAACAGACCCUUGACCAUGAAGAAAGAAGGCAUCCAGACACGCAACCGCAAGAUGUCCAGCAAGUCCAAGAGGAACAGACGAGUAGGGGACAGCUUUGACGAGCUGUCCAAAUGCAUGCAAGACAAGGGCUCCCCCUUUGGCAGCGCAUCUGGCCUUACCAGCCACAUGAGCCACAUGGGUCACCUCACCCCCUUCAGCCACUCAGGACACAUGUUGCCCACUCCCACACCUAUUCACCCUUCAUUUGGUCACCCCCACCAUUCCAAUCGCUCACCCGUGUGGGCUGAGCCUCACUGAGGCCCCAGCAGACCCAGAAACCCUUCACCUGUAGGAGCCACCACAUUGCCAUAAACACUAACUGGCCUCCACAUCACAUUGGAAGCUGAGUGGAUCUGUGUUAUGUACAGUGGUUGGAGGGAAAAGACUUUCAGAUGGACUGACUGAGGGAGGGUCAUGUUUUGACUGGCCUCUCUGGUGGGAUGUUGCACAGAGCAGGACUUUCGGCGAUCUCUGUGAAAAGCUAAUGCGAUGAGGGCUUGUUGGUCCUUUAUUGACUGGGGCUUGCAGGAAAGGAGAGAAUGGAGACGCUUGUCAUUUUAUUAGCUUAUUUUUACUAUGUCACUUUGGUACCCACCUCUCCCUGACCCUGCAACAGGAGACUCAAGAGAGGUCUUCAAAAGAACCACUCUUUUCACCUCAUCUUGUUAUAUCCUGAGAUAUCUGCACCCUGUCCAUAGUCAGGCUGUAGUCCACAACUGUUGUGGACGGACAGACAGACCAUUGCUGGAAGUCUUCAGUCUGGCUGAGCACAAGCAGCUACACUCGUACGCCUCCGUUACGAACCAGCCAGACAAACAAAACCAAGAAAUCAGUGUUCUUCUCACAUGCUGGAUUGUAUUCCACCACAAUGCUCACCUGUUUUUGAUAGGAGUUUUAUGAAAACAAAAACAACAGCGUAGUAAAAAGAGUGUUUAUAAAUGCUUAAUUGCUAUUAUUGUUGUUAUAUUUGAUGUUAUAAUUAUUGUUGCAAUAAUUUAUUUUUACCCUUUCAGCUUUCGUCAGACAUGCAUGGAAACCUAUUAUUUUAAUUUCAUGGUUAUUACGUAAAGAAAACACUGACCUGUCCUAGAUGAAAAGUCGCUGAGCUCAGCUGUAUGUUUUGUAUUAUUUUUUUCCCAUCUCACAAAGAAAAUGAAAUAAACCCUUAUACUGAAGCAAAGUCUGUCUUAAUUAAUGGUACCAUAUACAGAUUUAGUUUCAGAUAAGGGCGCAGACUGCAGGAAAGGGGGAAAAAAUGAUAUUUUUAUUACUAUAUAUUAAUACUAUUAAUUAAUAAUAGAAGAUUUACUUCAGCGCAAUAAGCCCUCUUUGCCUAUGAAACAGCACCAAAUCACAUCUCAGUUGAUAUGUUACAGAAUUCCUAGUUCCUUUUGCCAGUGCAUAUACUGUAUCUCUUAAUGAUUCUUGUUGUAUUUGUGGGGUUUGUAAGAUCAACCCAUAGACUGAUAUGAAUCUAAUGGUUUAAAUUAUUUCAAAUGUUUUUGCUCUAUUUUACAUGAAGAAUGAUCCGUAUCUUAUUGUUAUAUAAAGAAUGCUUGGUCAUUAAAAUUAUAA